GAUUAGUGCUGUCCAAAGUUUUUCCCCCAACAGUUCGGCUUUAUUGGAAUCUUUUGGCGGAAUACCAGACAACUUUCUUCCCACUCUCUUACACUGCGGUUCAUUACAUUCAUGUAUGUUGAGGUACGAAAGACAACUCUGCUAGGAGAAUCCUCCCACCCCCCCCCUUUGAAAGCUGGCCGUUUUUAUUGACCAGUUUGUCUUCGAGAAUUGUGUGCCUACGUGAUUUUUUCCCACUGGCAGAACAGCAAAAUAGGUUUGAAGAAGAACUGCUUUUUUGCGAGUUUACAAGUAUUUUGUAAAUGGAUCACAGGGUUCGAAAAAGGAUUCGUGAAGCCAAAGCUAAGGCGAGGCCAGAAUUGGAAUUGGAAAAGAAUAGCUGGUAUAAGCAUCAGUACCACGAAAAAUUUGAUUUAUCUCAAUCCUUGGUGAAGGAUACCAUACCUAGAAUAGAUGCCAGAGAGGUAUCCCUGGAAGAGUUUCGUGAAAAAUAUGAAAGAACCUACACCCCAGUGGUGAUUACACAUUUGCAAGAUGGUUGGUUGGCGGAACAAAAGUGGACUAUGGAGAGGUUGUCAAAGAAGUACCGUAACCAGCGUUUCAAGUGCGGUGAGGAUGACGAGGGAUACUCUGUCAAGAUGAAGAUGAAGUACUUCACAGAGUACAUGAAACACACCAAAGACGACAGCCCUCUCUACAUCUUUGACAGCAGCUAUGGAGAGCAUCCCAAAAAGAAACGUUUGCUGGAAGAUUACACUGUACCACACUACUUUCAAGAUGAUCUAUUUCAACUGGCUGGUGAAGAAAAGCGACCUCCAUACAGGUGGUUUGUGAUGGGGUCCCCACGGUCGGGUACCGGCAUACACAUAGACCCACUGGGAACCAGUGCCUGGAACGCUUUAGUGACAGGAUACAAGAGAUGGUGUCUGCUGCCCACACACACACCCAAGGACAUGCUGAAGGUCAAGUCUACAGAGGGCGGCAAGCAAAGGGACGAGGCAGUCACCUGGUUCUCAGUCAUAUACCCCAGAACACAGCUCCCUACAUGGCCAAAAGAUAUGCAAGCGCUGGAGAUACUACAGAAGCCUGGAGAGACUGUGUUUGUGCCGGGUGGCUGGUGGCAUGUGGUGGUCAAUCUAGACCACAGCAUCGCUGUUACCCAGAACUUCUGUAGUGUGGUCAAUUUCCCCAUUGUCUGGCACAAAACUGUUAGGGGACGGCCAAAACUGUCAAAAAAGUGGAUCAAAAUUUUGCGGAAAGAACGUCCAGAGGUGGCCCAGGUAGCUGACAAGGUGGACCUGGCCGAGCCUACAGGGUUCAACUCUGACAGCAGCAGCUCUGGCUCCUCCAGCUCCAGUGACUCAGACUCGGACUCUGAGUCUGACGGGGAGACCAUGACCAAGAGACGGAGACUCUCCAAAUCAUGUUCAGGGUCAAGGUCAGUAACCCCAAAUGGCAGUAACCAGGUACGAAGGUCGAGGUCUGAUUCGUGUAGCAGUGCAGAAAGGUCAAGUCGCGGUAACCGAAGCAUAUCCAGUACUCCAAAGAACAGCAGAUAACAAAGGAAGUUUCCUGGAAAGAAACUCAUUAUUUUCAGGAAUAUUUAUCCUCUUAAUACCAAUUUCAUUCAUGUUAUUAAGUCAUAAGUGACAUUCCUACUAGGCUAUGGAACCAUACAUAAUGUUCAAUGUUGCAUAUUGUUUUGUUAUAAUCAACUUUUUUUGUAAAAUGCAAACGUAUUUUGUUCAUUCUGUGUUCAUUAAACAUUGCAAUCACAUUAUCUGUUUCAGAUGAAAAUGUUGUUAUUGUCAUCACAUUAUCUGUUUCAGAUGAAAAUGUUAUUGUAAAGUUUCAUUAUUCAUAAAUCACUUUCAUCUGAGCUUUUGCAAGAAAUAUUUAUUGUGUCACAAUUGUAAACCAAAUUUUAGUUAUUAUUGUCAAUAUCCAAUUCCUGUCCUGCUUCACAUACCAGUAUAAAGCUAUGCACUUCGUUUUUGGGGCUCUAUGCAUUGAAAUUCAUGAUUUCUUGAUAUCAUUCACUAUAUUGUCUUUGAGGCUUUUAGUGAUUGCUUUAUUUAGUGAUUGCUUUAGGCACCUCGAUGUGAAAGUUUGUUUGCUACAUACAUUUGUUUAAACUUACAGUCAAUAUACGUUUAGAACUUCAAUGUUUUUUUCUAAUGUGAUGCCUUUAAAAGAUUAACGUAUCCAUUUAUGUGUAUUGAAAAUUAAAAAAAAACACAUUUAUUUCAACUAGUGAUAAUACAUAUCAUCUUGUGUUUAUUUUGUUAUCUUAAGAGCAAAUUACACGCACUUGACGUCAUUUCCUUGUUAAAUGAAACUGACCUUUAAUAGCCACUUGCAACACGUUGACAAAGGUGUGUCUAAAACAUUUACAUUACUUUUCACAGAUCAUAACUAAUUAAUAAAUAAUCUCGUACUGUUUUUAGCUCACCUGAUUGCUCAGGUGAGCUUUUGUGACCGGUCUUUGUCCGUCAUAUGUCCGUCCGUCUGUCCGUCAACAUUUGCUCGUAAACACUCUAUAGGCCACAUUUCUUGUCCCAUCUUCAUGAAACUUGGUCAGAAGCUUUGUCCCAAUGAAAUCUCGGCAGAGUUGGAAACUGGUUGUGCCGGGUUAAAAACUAGGUCACUAGGUCAAAAAAAAGAAAAACCUUGUAAACACUGUAGAAGUCACAUUUCAUGCCCAAUCGUCAUGUAACUUUGUCAAAAUGUUUGUCUAAAUAAUAUCUUGGUUGAGUUCAAAAGCAGUUCCGAUCCGUUGAAAAACAUGGUCGCCAGUGGGCGGGGUAGUUUUCCUUAUUUGGCUAUAGAGAAACCUUGUAAACACUCUAGAAGUCACAAUUUUUGCCCAAUCAUCAUGAAAGUUGGUCAAAACAUUGGUUCAAUUGAUGUCUCGGACGAGUUCGAAAAUGAUCGAGAUCUGUGAAAAAACAUGGCCGCCAGUGGGCGGGGCAUUUUUCUCUAUAUGUAUAUAGUGGCAGUUUUCCCUAUUUGGCUAUAGAGAAACCUUGUUAACACUCAAGAAGUCACAAUUUUUGCCCAAUCAUCAUGAAAGUUGGUCAAAACAUUGGUUUUAUUGAUAUCUCGGACGAGUUUGAAAAUGGUCAGGAUCGGUGAAAAAACAUGGCCGCCAGUGGGCGGGGCAUUUUUCUCUAUAUGUAUAUAGUUAAAACAUGUGAACACAGUAAAAGUCACAUUUUUGGCCCAAUUUUCAUGAAAUUUGCUCAGAACAUUUGUUUCCUUGAUACAAGAGUUGAGUUAAAAAAUGGUUCAGGUCAGUUGAAUAACAUGGCUGCUGGGAGGGGGGCAGUUUUCGAGUUUGCCCCCCCCCCCCCCUUUCGAAGAAGAGGGGUUAUAUUGUUUUGCUCAUGUCGGUCCGUCCGUCCACCAGAUGGUUUCCGGAUGAUUAGAGCGCUUAUGCCAAGGAUCAUGAAACUUCAUAGGUACAUUGAUCGUGACUCGCAGAUGACCCCUAUUGAUUUUCAGGUCACUAGGUCAAAGGUCAAGGUCACGAUGACCCAAAGCAGUAGAAUGGUUUUCGGAUUAUAACUCAAGAACGCUUAUGCCUAGGAUCAUGAAACUUCAUAGAUACAUUGAUCAUGACUCGCAGAUAAUCCCUAUUGAUUUUCAGGUCACUAGGUCAAAGGUCAAGGUCACGAUGACCCGAAAUAGUUAAAUGGUUUCCGGAUGAUAACUCAAGAACGCUUAGGCCUAGGAUCAUGAACCUUCAUAGGUACAUUGAUCAUGACUCGCAGAUGGCCCCUAUUGAUUUUCAGGUCAAAGGUCAAGGUGACCUGAAAUAGUAAAAUAGUUUCCAGAUGAUAACUCAAGAACGCUUAUGCCUAGGAUCAUGAAACUUCAUAGGUUCAUUGAUCAUGACUCGAAGAUGACCCCUAUUGAUUUUCAGGCCACUAGGUCAAAGGUCAAGGUGACGGUGACCUGAAAUAGUAAAAUGGUUUCUGGAUGAUAACUCAAGAACGCUUAUGCCUUGGUUCAUAAAACUUCAUAGGUAUAUUGAUCAUGACUCCCAGAUGACCCCUAUUGAUUAUCAGGUCACUAGGUCAAAGGUCAAGAUCACAGUGCCAAAAAACGUAUUCACACAAUGGCUGUCAAGGUCAAGGUGACUCAACUUAGUAAAAUGGUUUCCGGAUGAUAACUCAAGAAUGCUUACGCCUAGGAUCAUGAAACUUCAUAGGUACAUUGAUCAUGACUCGCAGAUGAAAUAAUGAUGAAACUUGACCAGGAUGUUUGUCUGGACAAUAUCUAGGUCAAGUUUGACAUUUGGUAAAGAUUGAAUGAACCGACUCCUCUCAGGUGAGCGAACUAGGGCCAUCUUGGCCCUCUUGUUUACAAUAUGAUAUAUUGAUUAGAAUUUUGUACAUGACUGUCAGUAGUGAUAACCCAGGAUCAAGAGAUAUCAAUUGUUGAAUAACAUUUCAAGAUUUGUUUCUCUAUAAUGAUGAAUAUCAAUAUGUGCUGUCUGGAAUUGAGUCUUCAAAUAAUAGCUGGCUGUCAUUGAAGCAAAUGUUUUUCAUAACUGCUAGUAGAUUGUUUUGUGUACAUACAAAGUUGAUACUCUAUGCUUUUGUUUACAUAGUGAGUGUUUUAUAUUAUCAGAAAACAUUAAUUGUAUUAUAUUCCACAUUCAUUUUUUAUAAGCUUUAUUUCAUAAAAAGAUUUCAUUUACAUAAGCUUUAAAAAAAGAUACUGUUAUUAGCAGUUAAGUUGGAUGUUUGAAAUAAUUUCUAAAUCGAAGCAUUGUUGAUUUCCAUGUUGUUGUUUUUUAUGCCCCCAAAGGAUGGCAUAUAGUGAUCAGUCUGUCUGUCACACUUUGCGUCUAGGUUACGAAAAAUGCUCAUAACUUUUAUGUCGCUUCAGAUGUAACAUUCAUAUUUGGUAUGCAUGUGUAUAUGGACAAGGCCUUUCCAUAUGCACACAAAUUUUGACCCCUUUGACCUUGACCUUGAACUUAGGGUCCGCGGUUAGGUUUCAAAAAAUGUGUUUAGGUUUUGAAAAAUUAUCUUAAUUUCUAUCAAAGUGUUUAUCGGGGGCAUAUGUCACUUUAUGGAGACAGCUCUUGUUUAAAGUAAAAUGUGAUUGUGUUAAAUAAUUUGGAUGCUACAUGUUUGAGAAUUUAUGAAAAAGUUGAAUAAAAAUAAUGAUGCAGUU